CGCCGGGACAGGAAGCGGAAAGCGGCAGUGCAGCGGCGGCGGCGGCGGCGGCGGGGCUCUGCCUCUAAGGGAGCCCAGCGCAGGCCGCAGAGCCCGGACGCUGUGAGCCGAGAGCGCGGGCCGCGGAGCCCGCACGGCCGGCGCAGAGUCUUUGAACUGCCCCAAGCAACGCGCCCAGAGAAGUGUGAAGCUUUAUAAAAAUUUAAACGCGUCGCCGGUGGAGGCAGGCGUGGGGCCGAGCCGUGGCCUGGCGGAGAUGAGCUGGUGAGCCUCGAAGCUGAGAAAUCUCUUGCUCAGUUUUCACAUCUACAGACCAGAAUUUGUUCCUGUCGAAGCACGGCUCCUGGAUCUCCAGACCCUUGGCAGCUUUCAGAGUCUAGUUGGUGAAAUUCUCUAUCUCCGAGGAGAAACACUGCUGCUGCUCCUUUCUCAAGAGCAAGCUCCCCAUUGCUAUGGAUACCGAAUCCACAUAUUCUGGAUAUUCUUACUAUUCCAGUCAUUCGAAAAAAUCUCACAGACAAGGGGAGAGAAAUAGAGAGAGACACAAAUCACCCCGGAAUAAAGAUGGCAGAGGGUCAGAAAAGUCUGUCACCAUUCAGGCUCCCACCGGAGAGCCCCUGUUGGCCAACGAUUCUACUCGGACGGAGGAAGUUCAGGAUGACAACUGGGGGGAGACGACGACGGCCAUCACAGGCACCUCAGAGCACAGCAUAUCGCAGGAGGACAUUGCCAGGAUCAGCAAGGACAUGGAGGACAGCGUGGGGCUGGACUGCAGGCGCUACCUGGGCCUCACCGUGACCGCUGUCCUGGGACUUCUAGUGUUCCUCACUCCCAUCGCCUUCAUCCUGUUACCCCCCAUCCUGUGGAGGGACGAGCUGGAGCCUUGUGGCACCAUCUGCGAGGGACUCUUCAUCUCCGUGGCAUUCAAGCUCCUUAUCCUGCUCAUCGGGACCUGGGCGCUCUUCUUCCGCAAGCAGAGGGCCGAUGUGCCACGGGUGUUUGUGCUCCGCGCCCUCCUCUUGGUCCUCAUCUUCCUGUUUGUGGUUUCCUAUUGGCUGUUCUACGGGGUCCGCAUCCUGGACUCGCGGGACCGGAACUACCAGGGCAUUGUGCAGUAUGCCGUGUCCCUGGUGGACGCCCUCCUCUUCAUCCAUUACCUGGCCAUCGUCCUGCUGGAGCUCCGGCAGCUGCAGCCCAUGUUCACGCUGCAGGUGGUCCGCUCCACCGACGGCGAGUCCCGUUUCUACAGCCUGGGACACCUGAGUAUCCAGCGAGCAGCAUUGGUGGUUCUGGAAAAUUACUAUAAAGAUUUCACCAUCUAUAACCCCAAUCUCCUAACAGCCUCCAAAUUCCGGGCAGCCAAGCACAUGGCCGGGCUGAAAGUCUACAAUGUAGAUGGCCCCAGUAACAAUGCCACUGGUCAGUCCCGGGCCAUGAUUGCAGCAGCUGCUCGACGCAGAGACUCAAGCCACAAUGAGUUGUAUUAUGAAGAGGCGGAGCACGAGCGGCGGGUGAAGAAGCGGAGAGCGAGGCUGGUGGUUGCGGUGGAGGAGGCCUUCAUCCACAUCCAGCGUCUCCAGGCCGAAGAGCAGCAGAAAGCCCCAGGGGAGGUGAUGGACCCACGGGAGGCGGCCCAGGCCAUCUUCCCCUCCAUGGCCCGAGCUCUGCAGAAGUACCUGCGGACCACCCGGCAGCAGCACUAUCACAGCAUGGAGAGCAUCCUGCAGCACCUGGCCUUCUGCAUCACCAACAGCAUGACCCCCAAGGCCUUUCUAGAACGUUACCUCAGCGCGGGCCCCACCCUGCAGUAUGACAAGGAGCGCUGGCUCUCGACGCAGUGGAGACUGGUUAGUGACGAGGCUGUGACGAACGGGUUGCGGGAUGGCAUCGUUUUCGUCCUGAAAUGCUUGGACUUCAGCCUCGUGGUCAAUGUGAAGAAAAUUCCAUUCAUUGUCCUCUCAGAAGAGUUCAUAGACCCCAAAUCUCACAAAUUUGUCCUUCGCCUACAGUCUGAGACAUCGGUUUAAAAGUUUUAUAUUUGUGGCUUUAUUACAAAAAAAAAAAAAAAAAGAAUAUAUAGAUAUAUAGAUAUAUGUAUACCAGAGGGGCAUCUUUUUUUAUUAUUAUUCUUCAUUGCUGACUGACACUGGCAGAUGACAGACCAGUAUCCUUCGACCAUCCGCACUUUACUUGGAAGGAAGCAGGGGAUGUCCGCCCUGGAAAAAAAGCGACUGACGACAUCUGACUCUUGUGGAUGGGACUUCUCGCGAAGCUGUUCCCUGGCGUUUUGUAACAGCUGUAAACCAAAGCGGAGCAGGUGGCCCUCGGGAGCCUCGCCCUUCAGUGGCUAGUCCCUGCCUUUCGUCCAGAGCCACGGCCUCCUGUUGCUUCUGGCCCGCCCCCUUGUAAGACCUCCUGGGGGACGCGUCUUCAUUCUGUUUUGGGAAACCAGGCACGACAUGUCCACAUGGGAGCUUGUGUACAUGAACGUCCAGUAACACUUCACCCAUGGGAGCCACUGGCCCUUCCGGAAAUAACUGCCUUCAUCUUUGUUCUUUGUUGCCUUAGGUUCUACUGAGAAAGGUCACAAUGAAAAAUGUGCACUAUCACUUGACAGCUCUAAAUGAUUUUAUUUGGUUUUCUCCCCAAAGAGAAAACCUACCUGUCCUGUUUCUGGCCCUGUUUCCCUAGGUUUGAGCAGGUAGCCCAUUCCUGACCCUCUGAUGGCCUGCCCAUCUCCCUCUAUCUGCCUUCCCCUACACACACCGCACCCCCACCCGGUUGAUGGCCCUGGUCAGAGGAGCCCAGCCUGCAGAGCUGCCCAGGACCCAGCUCUCCAUGUGUGCUCACAGGCUCUGUGCACUGCCUCCUGUGGGUGCUGUGGCUUGUUUGCCUAGGGAAGCACAGAAUGCCAACCAGGUCCAACACAGGGACAGCAGCCUGCCAGAUUGUCCCUUUUAGGGUGCAUUGGGAGCCCCUCUCCCAGUUCCUCCUCCCCACUGCUCGCAGGGACCAGGGGAAGACUGACACCGCGACUCAGGGACUGGCAGGUGUGGCUUGGAGCCUCUAAUUUCCCGGGGAGAGAAGUCCUCACAAAGCUUUGUGGCAAGCUGCCCUGCCCAGGGAGACCAAACAGUGUCCACUGCAGUGACAGCUCCUGCUGUCCGGUCCCGAUUUCUGACCACCAUCACUGUGCAACUCAUGACCUCUUCCACUUACUACGAGGGAAGGGGCAGCUUUGGCACUGGUGUUGGAAGUCCUUGUAGUGGUUGGUAAAGUGGAGAGACGGAAUGGGUAAGCAGCAGAGCUUGGGGAAAGGAAAGGGAGAGAGCCGAUCUUGGGAUCCUGGGGGCCAGGUGGCAAGGCUACUGGGGAAUUCCUGUCUGUGCCUCCAUUUGCCUUCCUGUAUCCACGGCCAACCUUUACAGAGUAUUCACCCUUGCUUUUCCCAAGAAUCGGGAGUAGCCAGUCACCUCACAUUAGACAAGGAGGACACUGUCAGAAUGCUCUACGUGUUUGCGAGCACCCUGCCUGGUUUGGGCAUUCCAGAAGUGCUGCGGUAUCUGUGUAUCUUCUUUAAAAAUCAAAACAGGCUUUGGAUAUUUGUAAUAUACCUGUACCUGCAAAAGUAAACAGCACUCUUGAACCAACAGCCUGCAGCUCAAACAGAUGUGUUGGAACAGAAGAAAGGAGGAGCCAGUCGGUGUGGCGUGGAGCCAAGAUGCACUAUGUUAACUGCGUGGUUCUGUUUAUGGAAAGCAUACCGUGGAACCGUGGUGCUUUUGUUCUUAGUUUCUGAACUAGACAUUCCUUAUGCUGAUGAUGUCUUUCUCAGGAAACAUAUUUUGGGAGAUCGGGCAAGGAAUGGUGAAAGCAUAUGGGACUUCGCCUGGGUCCCGGUUGUCAUGCCCCAGACUGUGUGUGUCCGAGGCUUCUGCAUCAGGGCACAGCUGCUGGGGAUGCUCUGAGUACUUCUUGUAGGUCAGAUACAGAACAUGUGGUUCAUGGCGACACUAUUAUCUGCAUUCUAAAAUACUGUGCUUCCAGCCCUGUCUUAAGUUACCCGACCAGAAGGGGUUAAGAUGGAGUCAUUGCUUUGCUGCUGGUAUUCCCAGCAGGGUGAAGAAAGGUUUAAAUUAAGGAAUUUAUUUUCUCUCUACCCUCUUCUUUCUCCCCCAGUCUUUGCAUAGGAGAAUGUCAGACUUUCUGAAAUUAUUGUUUCAGUUUUAAAUUGGAUAUCGAUUUUUUUACACUGACUUUGUAUCGAGUCCCUUUUGAAAGCCUAACAAAAUAAAAUGCAGGAUCUUUGUAUAAA